CGUACGUUGCGCGAGACGCGGGUUUUGCUAUUCCGAUCCGGUGUUUGUCCGUUUUUCAAACAGGACGUUAUAACAAUUGUUUCAUCAAUCAAUGAUGGAGAUAUUACCAGAGCCCGAUUCGAUGUUUUGGAAAACCGCUAGAUUGAAAACUUUUGAUAAUUGGCCGUUUCGAUCUUCUGAUAAUUGUAACGCAGAAUUAAUGGCCGCUGCUGGGUUUUUCGCGGUAGGUGGUAGAGAGGAACCUGAUCUGGUCCAGUGUUUCAUUUGCGCGAAACAACUCGACGGCUGGGAUGCCGAGGAUGAUCCAUGGACCGAACAUGCGAGACAUCAGUCAGACUGUUCGUUCGUGAUGUUAGGAAAAUCGGACGAGAGUUUGUGGACAGUGAACGAUCUGUUCGAUUUGUUAAAAAAAUUUAUAGUGAAGGAAUGCACACACGAAUUGGACCAGUCCAUGGCUGUGGCAAAACGAGAGAGUGAGGAACUGAUGCGCAAAAUACCUCAAAUUUACAUGGAAUUAAGAAAAGGGCGCAAAGAUUAGAGCCAAGGUACAUUCAACGGUCUUACCCGCGACCGAAUCCGAGUCCGCACAAUUAAUAGUUCAUCUUAUUUUUUUUAUUCUUUUUAAAUAAAAUUCGGCUGCAACGAA